CACCAGGAGGCCAGGACUAGGCGACGAAGACUUCGGGUGCUCUGCAAGUCCACGCUCAUCCUCGGCGGUGAGCGCGGCGCGGCGGCGAGACGCGCGAAUAAUCGAGAUCCAGAACGGACCGAUCUGCGCCGGCGAGAUGGACAUCGUGGUGGGCGCGCUGUCGGGCAUGGUGGACGCGCUCCCGGGGAAGCUCGGCGAGCUGCUGGAGCAGGAGUACGCGCUGCUCUCCGGCGUCCGAGGCGACGUCGUCUUCCUCCAGGCUGAGCUUGGGAGCAUGCGCGCCGCCAUCCACCACUGCGUGUCCCUCGACCACCCCGACACCCAGACCAGGGCCUGGAUCGGCCGCGUCCGCGAGCUCGCCCACGACAUUGAGGACUGGGUCGACCUCUUCGCCAUCCGCGUUGACGCCGGCGCUGGCGCCUCGUCCUCCGGAUUCUUCGGGUUCUUUCGCCGCGGCAUGGACAAGCUCAGGACACUCCCCGCCCGCCACGACAUCGCCAACGAGCUCCAGGACCUCAAGAAGCGCAUCGUUGAGCUGAGCGAGCAGCGGAACCGCUACAGCUGCGUGCUACCCGUCCCGGAGGCAGCACGGCCAAUGGACCCCAGGCUGACGGCGCUCUUCAUCGAUCCCGGCAGCCUAGUCGGCCUCGAGGGGCCGGUGGAGGAGCUUUCCAAGAUUGUCAUGGACACUGACGGCAGGACGGACCUCAAGAUUGUCUCCAUCGUCGGGAUGGCCGGCGCCGGGAAGACGACUCUUGCCAAUGCGUUCUACCGGCGCCUUGAAGUGCAGAACGGCUUCCACUGCCGGGCUUUCGUCUCCGUCGGACAGAAGCCUGACUUGAUCAGGAUUCUCACGGACAUUUUCUCGCAACUCGGCGACAGGCACCGUGGAGGCCAGGACAUUAACCAAGUCAUCGACAGCAUCAGAAAUUUGCUGAAGGACAAGAGGUAUCUGAUUGUGGUUGAUGAUCUGUGGAGUAAGGAACAUUGGGGAACAAUCAGGUGUUGUUUUCCAGAGAAUAAUCAUGGUAGUAGGAUAAUCACCACAACAAGGAAUGAUACACUGCCAAUGGAUAGUUAUCCUGUUUCGAGAAAAAUUGUGCACAAGAUUGACUGCCUUAGUGAUGCCGAUGCCAAGAAAUUAUUUCUGAAGAAAGCUUUCGCCAAUGAACAUCCUUGUCCUCAACAUUUGGAGGCUGUUUUUGCCCAAAUAAUGAGAAGAUGUUCUGGUCUGCCACUUGCUGUAGUUAGCAUAGCUUCCAAGUUAGCACAUAAGCAGUUAAGAGAUGAAUGGGAGAAGAUUGGGUUGAACUCACUAUGUAGUCCUCAUUCAGAUGGAUCGGAUGGGCUGAAGCAAAUACUGAAUCUUAGCUACCACGAUCUAUCGCCGCAUCUCAGGACAUGUUUGCUGUACCUAAGCAUAUUUCCUGAGAACUUCGAGGUUGACAUGGAGCGCCUAGUGAGACGAUGGAUUGCUGAAGGAUUCAUCGCUGAAGCACGGAGCGUAAGCACAGAGGAAACAGCAAGAAACUACCUCAAUGAGCUCAUCAGCAGAAACUUGGUAGAGCCAUUAGAUCUGAACCAUGAUGGUGUCCCAAGGAGUUGCAGAGUUCACCCAUUGAUACAUAAUUUCAUUGUCUGCAAGUCCAUAGAAGAGAACUUUGCCACUCUGAUGGAUGCUCAGCAGCAGCAUGUCCCAGACAGCAGCACAGUCCGCCGGCUAUCUCUGAGGAACAGCAGCAAGCAAGAUCAACCUGCGGUGCGAAAUGAGUCUACAGACUUGUCUCAUGCUCGCUCAAUCACCAUCUUUGGCCACGCCAAUGCUGCGCCUCAGCUGACAUAUCUAAAAGUGCUGCGUGUUCUGGACCUUGAAGGCUGUCAUGGUCCGGUAUGCUUGGACGGCCUAUGCAAGUUAGUGUUGCUGAGGUACCUGAGCCUCAGAGGCAGUGAUACCAGUGAGCUACCGGCAACAAUUGGGGAUCUAAGGUGUCUGGAGACACUUGAUGUGAGCUCCACAAAGGUGAAAGAGCUGCCCCCCAGUAUUGUCAGGCUGGAAAAGCUAAUGUAUUUGCUUGCUGGGAGUGCCAAGGUGCCUGACGGCAUUGCUAAUAUGAAGGCUCUGCAGACAUUGUCAUGCGGUGGCUCCACAAAGAGCUCUGUGAACUUCAUCGAAGAGAUCAGUAAACACGAUAACCUGAGGGAACUGGAACUGUAUUCUGAUGCCACUGAAACGCCUGGGAACAAGAAGCGAGUCAGGUUCCCUGCUCAUGGAUUACGGAAUGUUAAAAAACUGUGCAUCCGGUGCCCCUCACCAUUGGUGAUCUUUGAGCCCAAUGCACUGCCAACGGUCCAGGUGCUUGAACUGAGGUUCCAGAAAGGCCUUGCUGAUGGAUCGAGUGGCAUGUCUGGCAUGGAGAAUCUGUCGAACCUGAAGCAUCUGCUCCUCGAGUUUGAGCAGAAUGAUGCGGGUGCCAUGGCGACUGUCAAUGCUGUGAGGAACGCUCCUCAGGGUGUCCUCCCAGAUCAUCAAUCUAUCACUAUCAAGGUCGAUAGGAGGAGCUAUUAAUACGGUGCAGAUCAUCGUGUAAUCAUGGUUCCGAGCAAGAGGUGAUGAGCUACACGGUUUAUCACAGAUGGGCGCAAGGCGUCUGUGCGUUUAAUUUCUGAGAACUUAAUUCCUUCAAUACGUAUUGCCUUUGUGGUUUACUGAAUUGUUGAGAUUGAGAGUGUUUUGAGUUUCAUGCGUGCACGUCCUGUAAGUUUUCAACUUACCUGUCAUCAUUUAUUUAUCAAAAGUGUGAUAUUCUUUUGCUGUUUUUCCUUGCUUUUUAUGAUGUAAUAAGCAACAAAGGCUGUAUGAUUUGGAUGGUGAAAAAGGUUGUAACAUUUUUUUU